UUCACUUUUUGAUCGAGCUUAGUUUAUCAGCAACUUCCUACCAACCUGAUAAUUGUUUUUUGCACUUUCUUUUUGUUCUUCAUGCAAUUACAGUUCCCAUUUCCCAUAUAAAAAUAAUCCUACUUCCCCGAUAAUUCAGAUUCUCACUGCCGACCCUGUCGUCCUCUCUCUUUUUGUCAUAUUCCAUUUUUUCGCCAUUGUCCCAAAAUAUAUCUCCUUCUCCACUUGAUUAAAAAGGCAAAAAAUUUGGUCCGUUCUAUUAUUAACAUUAUUUAUGAAAUCCCUCAGAUUCUUCUCCUAAUUUCUAAAUAUCCUUCAAAUUUCCUUUAAUUUAAAACCAUUUAAAAAUAAAUAUUCUAUAAUUAUAUUCUCUUUUUUUCAUUAUAAUUGGGUUUGCCGCGCAACCGUCACUCCUACCCUCUUCCAUUCCCCCAAAUCAAAGAACCUCUUUUUUUUUUUGGCAUCUAAUUUUUAUUAAUUAAUCGAAUUAUUUAACCCAAAUUAUUUUGUUGGCUGCAAAAUCAUCAUUUUUUCGUUCUUGUUUUUGGGGGAAUGUUGGAAUGUGAAAAGCUUCGUUAUGUUUAAAGAAGCGAAGCAGCGGUGUUCGUUUCUUCUUCAACCAAAUCCCUAAUCUUAACGGUAAAGAUCGUUUCAUGGCGUUGUUAGCUCGUAACGAUCCGUUUUUCAGACAACUGCACAUCUUCCCGAACGACCAACGCCGUUGCUUCCAAUUCCGUGGCAAACUUGACAUGCUCGAAAAUUACAAUGUCGGCGGUGGCGCUCUCAAGUUUAACAAACCCGCCGCUCGCUUAAAUUUGACUCUCAAAAGUUGUUUCGAGGAUUCUCGCAGAACCUGGAAUCACAAAACACGCGCCUUUGCUUCCCAGUUGGCGCGUGAUUUACAAAUUAUCACCUAUAAUGAACCCCAAAAGAUGGCUAAGUUGGCGAUUGAUGCUCGUGGCACGUGUCAAAGAGGGAAACCUCUUGACUUUCCUAACAAGCCUGCGGUUGCUGUCGAUGUCGAUGAAGUACUGGGAAACUUUGUUUCGGCUUUGAACAAAUUUAUAGCGGAUCGUUAUUCGUUGAAUCAUUCGGUUUCAGAGUACCAUGUUUACGAGUUUUUCAAGGUAUGGAACUGUUCUCGUGAUGAAGCUGAUAUCCGUGUCCAUGAGUUCUUCAAGACACCAUAUUUCAAGAAAGGUAUCGACCCCAUACCAGGUGCUCAGAGGGCAAUUCAUAAGUUAUCAAGAUUUUGUAACCUCUCAGUCGUAACGUCUCGGCAGAAUGUGAUUAAGGACCAUACAAUUGAGUGGUUAGAGAAGCACUAUCCUGGACUGUUUCAGGAGAUUCACUUUGGCAACCAUUUUGCUCUUGGUGGCGAGUCAAGACCUAAGUCAGAAAUAUGCCGGUUGUUAGGAUCCAAGAUUCUAAUUGAUGAUAACCCAAGAUAUGCUGUUGAGUGUGCUCAAGUUGGAAUCAGAGUUCUGCUUUUUGAUUAUGAGAACUCUUAUCCCUGGUGUAAGACACAGUCAAUUGAUCAACAUCCUUUGGUGACUAAAGUACAUAACUGGGAAGAAGUGGAGCAACAAAUAGAGUCUUGGAUUCUUAGUUCUACUAUCCUUUAAGACGGACUUUAUAGAGACUCUUACUUCAUAGCAUUAUGAAUUGUGUAUCAUACUCUCAACAUUUGACAGUGCCAAAAAAUUUAGUCUUUAGACUUCUGAUUGUUCGGGGUGAAUCAACCAUAAGGAAACCAGCCAAAUUAGGGUCAUGGUGCAUGCGUUGAGGACAAAACCGGAAGAAACAUGGGUGAAACACUGCUUUUUUAUUAGGUUUCAUCUUGACUUGCAAGAUGCAGGGAAAGCAGUUGCCAAAUGUUGAAGAACAUUGGUGUAAUUAGAAAUUCAUGACUUUGGAGGUCAUUAUUUCAUGAUUGCACUCAAUGAACAACAGUUUCUUUUUAGCAAUGCUCCGUCUAGUUUCUCUAACAUAUGUGUGAAAAGUGACAAAUAAACAAGAAAUCAGAAUGUAGCAUGUAUCUUUUUCUCGUACGUUUUUCUUUAAUUUGUUGUGCACGUUUAAUAUUUCACUUAAUUGAUUUGAAUUUUCUGGUUUAAAACCAGCAUUUGGCUGCAAGAAUAUAUCAAGGAUAUCGGACGAAAUGAUGGUCACUCAGUUAUCUCCGUCACUUUGGGCUUGAAAUAUAUCAAAAGCUGAACCAACCAAUAGUGACGGUUAACAUAUCUAAGUAAUGGACCAAAAAAAUGAAAAUAUAUACAAGAGUCUGGUGAAAAUUUCCUGGAACAUAUACUUAAGGUUGAAUAGGCCUUAACAACAAGUAAAAGCUGAGACAA